AACAGAACGAACGAGAAACCAACCAACGAAAUCGAAUUCAUUACCACAUGAAAAAUCAUCAGAAAAGUAUUGAAGUGAAAUAAAUUUCCGUGAAAUAAGUGAAUCAUCAUUUGAAGUAAUAGACAUUAAAAUACCAAAAUAAAAGAAUAUGAAUUAGCAAAGAAAUCGUAAGAAAAAAAGAAAGAAAGAUUUUACAAUUUUGUGCCCUUGAACAAUCGAAUUUGCAAGCAACAAUACAAAGAUCACGUCGUCAACGACGUUGUAUUAUUAGACAACCAGAAAAUCACCUUUCACGCAUACUACUCUACUCGAAAGUGUAGCAGAGGUACCCAACACGCACACACAAACGUUGAUACAUCUACAUUUACAACAGUUGUUAAUUGUAGACAAAGUGCUGAAGCGGGUAAGCAGCUAGGAAAACCCCAAACCCCGAACCAAGUGAAAAAAAGACAAAUAAUUGAACAAUAACAAAAAGCAACAACAAAAACGAAGAACUAAACUCACGCGUGUAUGUGUUUUUUUCAUAUUGUUGAUAACAAAUACAAUUAAACCAUAAAGCCGUAAAACGACGACUACGAAGAAAGAAAAUUAAAUUGCAAGUUCUGUGAGGUUGCUUUCAUCAUCAAAAAGUUAAUUCCAUUUGAGGUUUUCAUACGGGGCACUCUUUUUCCCUUUUGAACUUUGAUUGAACCAAUGUUAUUUGCUUCCAAUAAAUACGAUGUUCAAGCUAACGUCUUCGGAAUGAAAAUCAUGGGGCAUCCCUGCCGUCAUCAAGUCCACACCCGCUUAACAUGUGGGACUUCUUUUACUACUAUUGCUGCUGAGAAAACAAAAAACAAUAACAUCAACAACUACAACAAUAUCGAGGCCAACACUUCAUCCUCUUCUAUUAAAGCCAACAUUCGUAAUGCAACCUGGCAACAAUAUUUGGAUAGAAACGUUGUUCCAGUUCCAUUGAAGCGCAUAGAUAGAGACGUUAUAGACAAAGAUAACUUGAGAGCCGUCAUUCGCUCCCACAUAAAGAAGAGAUCAUUGAAUUACACAUCCGUCUCUGUAUCCGGUGUGUUCCAAUUGCGACAAGGCUCUUUGUUCAAGAAAAAAGCCCUUAGGCGUAUUAUCAAUCGACAAAGAGAAGGCUACAAUUGUAAACACAACGUUUUGAAUUGGCAUCUGAACGCUGCUGGUGGUCCUGCCAUAUGAUUGGAAUCAGCAACGACAAUCAAAUUUCUCAACAACAGUACAAAACUAGCUGCCUUGGCCAAAACAAAAUGUCUACAACAGCAGCAUUGAAAGCCCACCAUCAGCACCAUAACCAUAGUGCUGUGGCGGCGGCAUCCUUUCAGCCGAAUAAAUCCCAAAAUAAUACAACCGCUAUGAAAAUGUCAUCGCUGGCAGCUGAUCUAUGCAAAGCGGCCGCAAAGCCCCUGGAGACAGCGGUGGUCGUCAAUAGUAUAAUAUAUUCAAAACCCUCCUUUUGCAGUAUUGUUGUGGAUAUUGGAGGUUCUGCGACAGCAACGACGGCAGCAUCUGCAACUUCAACGUCGAAAGCAACGACAACAACAGUUCCCACGGCUGCUGCAGCUGGCGGCAAGGUUGAGGUUACCAAAGACAAAAUGGCCGAAAAAGAGAAAAAUCGUACACCACAGAGCACAUGGAGCGAUAAAAACUCAUUUGUGCCACCAUUUGCCAAUGAAGGGUUUUUCCCUAUGGCUGCAUUGGCUGCCCCCAUAACAGCUCAAGAUGCCCAUGUGUAUAUGAUGUGUACCACCAUGAAUGGUUCCAUAAAUCAUCAUAUAUCCGAAUUUUGUGAUAAUCUCAUAUCUAUGGGUCUAUUUGAUAAAAUGACAGACAACCAUGAACAUGAUGAUGAUAGUCUGAUUGAAUUUGCCUACGACGAUGAGGACGAAGGACCAUUUAACCAGAAUGAAAUUGAGGAAGAGGAGGAUGACGAAGACGAUGAAGAUGACAAUGAUAUCGAUGUCGAUGAGACUGAUGAUGACGAUGCGGAGUGUGAAGAUGAUGAUGAUUUUUGUCUAUUUACUGGUGAAGACGUUGUUGAUUUCAUAAAGCCCUGCCCAAUUGCAAAAGCAACAAACGAAUAUUGUGAUAAAAAGAAAAAGGUGCGUUUUAAUACCAAACCCGAGGUCCAUGUUAUGCACGCUUGGAAUUAUGCCUAUCGUGCAGCGCGCAAAGGUCAUUGGGAAAUGUACGCUCGAGAUCGUGAACGUUUCAAAAUGCGCAUAAACCGAGUAGCAAACGUUUUGAAUCCCAUCUUGGAGCCUGAGCAUCGUCUUAAAGUCUACGAGAAUCGAUUUGCCAAUUUGCACGUAGUUAAAAAAGAAACGCCACUAGUGCUGGCAGAAGUAGAAGAACCAAAAGGAAAGCCCAAACCUCAAAUCCCACACCCAAUACCCAGAAAAACAAAGCGACAAAAAAGGGAGCGCAAAGAGAAAAGAAGACGUCGAAUGCGAAUGUUCAGAUUUUAACUUAAGACCAUAUAAAAACUAAAUAAAAAAUAAAACUGUUGCGUUUCUUUGGUA